AAAGAAGGGUACACAGUACUGCUGCUGCGACAUAACACAAGUUUUUUUUCCCCUUCUCCUUUUCCUUUGCAAAGAAAAAAAAGAAGAUAUUUCAAUAGUUAAAGAAAACACAGAAGUAAGGAGGAAAAGAAAGAAGCAACAGCCCACAGAUUGCGCAGAGAGGUAGAGAGAAAGGAAGAGAAGCCACGAAGGAGGUGGAAUGAAGGUAUGAAGAUGUUGUUGGAGAAGGAGGAGUAUGGAGCUGAUCAAGAAGGUUGUGUUGAUGAAGGAAAAAAAUGGCUGAAAGUGGUAGCAGAGGAAGAAGGAUAGAGCUUCCAAAGAUGAGAGCUUGAUGGCAUGCAAGGAGAGAUAGAGAAACAACUAGGAAAGAAGAAAGAAAGCUACUUCCUUUUCUUUUUGGUGUUUUCUCCAAAUCUGAGCACAACCCAUCUUCACCCCCUCCACAAAUCUUGCUUCUUCUCCCUCUAAAACAAACAAAAACAGAAGUUUUUGUUUUCUUUUCUUCUUUCCCCUGUUCUUUUUUUCCCUUUCUUUUUGGUGGGUUGCUGAGGGUUGUUAUUUUGACUGGCUGUGGUAAAUAUAUGAGAGGGAUGCCCUUCCAAUUGCAGGGGAAGGGGGGUUUAGAUAUUGCAGCUGCAGCUGGUUUCGCAACGAUUUGCUCUUCUCAGCAAGAAGCUUGGAAGCUGCUUGAACAGAGUCCAGAGGAGGAGAAAGUUCAUAGCUUUGGAAGCACAGAGCCCACCUCAGUUCUUCAUAUGAGAAGGAGUCCAAGCCCACCCACAUCGGCUUCCACUCUUUCCUCCUCCUUCAACAACGGCGGCGGCGGUGGGGACAACACUGCCACCGCCACUCCGACUGCCGGCGAAAAGGCCUCUGAGUGGGCUAAUGAGCUGCAGCCAAUCCCAGCGGGACUCGAGAUUGUUUCUUCCAGAUGCGGUCUAGGGUUGGACGAUUGGGAGAACAUGUUGUCGGAGCCCACUCAGGAACAGUCCCUACUUCGGUGGAUCUCCGGCGAGGUCGACGACUCCUCGUUUGGUCUCAAGCAACUCCUCCAGAACAACAACAGCAACAACAAUCCGUUGGAUUUCGAUGGCAAUGGCGGCAGCGGUGGUGCUGGAGGAUUAGGGAUGGUUGAACACCGAAAUGGGUUUGAUUCAAUUGGGGGAAUUGGAGCUGGGGUUUCCAGCAUUGGUCCCAAUUUGGGUGCUUUCCCUGCUUCAGGGUUUGUCGGAGCUCAUGGGAAUGGCAGAACUGCUGGUGGCUUGGUGUCUCCCAGCUCUUCUUCUUCAUCUGGGUUGGUUCAUUUCAAACCUAAUAAUAGUAGCGUUGGUAAUGAUCUUCCUUCUACUAUGCAAUAUCAUCACCCACAGCAGCAGGAGGAGAAGCCACAUGUUCUGAACCCUAUGAUGAAUCAACACCAACUGAAUUCUCCUCAAGCUCCAAGCUUUUUCCUGCCUCUGCCGUUUGAGAAUCAUCAUCAGCUUCCUCACCCCAAGAGGCAGAAUUCUGGGGGUAGGAUGGAACCCAUUUCUCAAAUGAUGCCAAAGCUGCCGUUUUCAGAUCCUGGGCAUCAUGAAUUGUUUCUCAGGAAGCAACAUCAGCAGCAGCAGCAACAACAACAUCAUCUCCAGCAGCAGCAGCAUUUCGGAUUUCCUCCCGGGCUUCCUCCAUUUCUCCAACAACAUCACCAGGGCAUUCAGCAGAACACCCUGGUGGGGAAGAAGGAAGACCCCGGUGGAGGGCAGCAGCACGAAUUGCUUGACCAGCUCUACAAGGCAGCAGAGAUGGUAGGGACAGGGAACUUCACUCACGCGCAAGGGAUAUUGGCGCGGCUCAAUCAACACCAACAGCUCUCCCCAAUUGGGAAGCCUCUCUAUAGGGCAGCUUUCUACUUCAAGGAGGCUCUCCAGCUUUCACUCGGUCACAACAACGUUAACAACAACCUGGUCAACAGCCAUCCUAUCAUGCCUCGAACCCCAACCCCAUUUGAUGUAAUCUUCAAGAUGGGCGCUUACAAGGUCUUCUCAGAGGUCUCCCCACUCAUCCAGUUCAUCAACUUCACUUGCAACCAGGCUAUACUGGAGUCCCUGGAAGAUGCAGACCGAAUCCACAUAGUCGACUUCGACAUUGGGUUUGGCGCUCAAUGGGCUUCCUUCAUGCAGGAGCUACCUCGGAAUAGAGGCAUUACACCUUCCUUAAAGAUCACAGCUUUUGCCUCUCCUUCAACUCACCAUCCUAUCGAGCUUGGCCUUAUGCAAGAAAAUUUGACACAAUUCGCCAAUGAGAUAGGUAUAAGCUUCGAGCUUGAUGUGAUCAAUUUUGACUCUUUGGAUCAGCAGAGUUGCUUCUCUCUUCCGAUAUUCCGAGCUAGCGAGAAUGAGGCUAUUGCGGUCAACUUCCCUGUUUGGGCAGCUUCCGGUCAACCAUCUGCAUUGCCCUCAUUGCUCCGCCUCAUCAAGCAGCUUAAUCCGAAGAUUGUGGUGUCACUGGACCGAGGGAGUGAUCGUAGUGAUCUUUCAUUUCCGCAACAUGUGCUUCAUGCUCUCCAAUCUUACAUUAACCUAUUUGAAUCAUUGGAUGCUGCUAAUGUGACUAGUGAUGCUCUGAACAAGAUUGAAAGGUUUCUGCUCCAGCCUAAAAUCGAGAGCACUGUGCUGGGGCGACUUCGUGGGCCCGACAAGAUGAUGCCCAAUUGGAAGACGGUAUUUGCCUCUUCUGGAUUCUCGCCUGUGCCAUUUAGCAACUUCACCGAGACUCAAGCGGAGUGCGUGCUAAAGAGGGCCCAAGUGAGGGGGUUCCACGUCGAGAAGCGACAUGCCUUCCUUGUGUUGUAUUGGCAGGGGAGAGAGCUCAUAUCAGCUUCUGCUUGGAGGUGCUGAUUAGGGAGGGUGAAGGCCAAGAUUAUCAACUUACAGUCUAAUGCGGGUAAUGAAAUGUCAAUAAAUUUUUGGAAGAAACUACUACUGUUGUUGGUGAUGAUGCCUGCUCUCCUUUUGUGACUAAAUAUGAAUUUGUGUAGUUUAUUUUGGGGGGUCUUUUUCUGUGCGUAUUGUUUGCAUAUGUAAGUCCCCUGGUAGAAGAAGAAAAUGCCCCAUCUAACUUGGAGGGAAUUUAGUAGGGUUGUUGUUGUUCAUCCUCCAGAAAAUGGUUUAUUGAUGGUAAUGGUAUUUCAACGUAUCUAUGCUGAUUCAAGGUGCCCUUAUUUCGUGCGCCAUUAAGCCAUUGUAUCUUUGACGACAAGUGAGGAAACUGAAAAAAGUAACUGAACCAUC